CGUAGUUCGAGUUACUGUCCAGAAACAACACGUUAUCGACUAUAUCAUGUCGCAGAAAGCCCUCUUCCUUAAAUCAAAGCAAGCCACCUUCGAACUAGGAUCCAAGGAGAUCCCGAAGCCAGGCCCUGGCGAAGUCCUCGUCAAGAACUACGCAGCCGCGUUAAACCCUGUCGACUGGAAGAUCCAAGCGUACGGUCUCUUCCUCGACGAAUCCCGCUAUCCCGUGGUCCUUGGCUCAGAUACCGCAGGCGUAGUGGAAGAGGUCGGCGCAGGUGUUGCUCGUGUAUCCAAGGGAGACAGAGUUACUGCUCGAGGAACUUUUUUGACUAACAACCAGGCGGGCUUUCAGCAGUACACCCUCACCAAUUCAAACUUCGUAGCUAAGCUCCCCGAUACAAUCACCUUUGACGAAGCGGCGUCUCUCCCCGUCGGCGUGGACACGGCCUCCAUUGGGCUGUUUGGACCGAAAGACGGCAAUCUGACAUUUCCUGACAAGCUAGACACAUACAAAGGACAAACCAUCUUCAUUCUCGGCGGUUCCUCAUCUGUCGGACAUUACACUGUCCAAGCCGCACGUCUUGCCGGCUUCUCCACCAUCAUUACGACUUCAUCUCUGGCGCACGAAAACAACCUGAAAUCCCUUGGAGCUACGCACGUCAUCGACAGACAUGGUUCCCCGGACCAGAUUGUCGCCCGCGUGAAGGCAAUCACGUCCGACCCGAUCAGGAUCGUCUACGACGCCAUCUCCGAAGAUGACACCCAGAAGACUGCCUGGGCUGUCCUCGCACCCGGAGGACACCUGGUGUUGACACUCCCCCCAUCGGUUCGAACUGCGACAGGCGAUACCCGCACGCUCAAGUCCGUUCACGGUAGCCCCUUUAACCCAGUCAAUGCAGAGUUCUGCAAGAGGUGGUGGGAGAAGCUGCCUGAAUGGCUUGCCGAAGGGAAGAUUAAGCCCAACAAGGUUGACGUGCUGCCCGGAGGUCUGGAAGGUGUUUCAGCUGGCGUCGAACGUUUCAAGGCCAGCAAGGUUAGCGGCGUAAAGUUGAUCGUACGCCCUUUUGAAGGGCCUUAAGCAGUGAUGCUCGGUAAAAGAGCAGGAACUGUUUGUGACUUGGUGGCUGCGACAGUGGGCAUCAAAAAGCAUCCAGUGUAUAGAUGAAAAAUCAGUCGAAUGGGGAAUGGUGGCCUGUGUCCGCUUGUUAUUUGUACGCAGCUUCCUUCGUUUUGGCGUCAGACCUCCUCUUCCGAGCCAGUUGUGUUGGGGCCUGUAGAAUGAAUUUCGGCCGACUUAUCAUCGUCACCAGUGUCUCUCCGCUCUAUCAUUGAACGAGUGAAAGGCGGCAGUAAAGUACUGUCCGUUUUCGACGCCACAGGCGGCAUUGGUGACACUUCGAUCGCCGACGUGAGCACCUCGCUCCUGUCGCCUACGUCUGCAUCCUCGCGAUCGCGCAACCCAAGGAGUCGUGCGACACAGGUGAUAAUGACGAACAUGUUACAUAUCAACAGUGAAAGCGAA